AUGGCUGCGUCGACAACAACAGCUGAAACGGGCGGUAGGCCUGCUGCUGCUACUGGGCCAAGGAGCGUCAACUGGCCGCUGUGGUAUGUUCUUCCAAUCGCACCGUACCAGAGGAGGAAGACGCUGAUGAAGGAGAUCGUCCCUGGGAAGGUCUGGACCUUCGACCAGCUGCAGGGCAUUUUGUACGUGAUCGUGCCCGUCCGCAUGACGGUCAUCAAGCUCGACAAGUCGGAAGGGGGAGGGCUGUUCGUGUACGCCCCCGUGGCUCCCACGGGCGAGUGCAUGGCGAUGAUGCGCAAGCUGGAAGCCGAGCACGGGCCCGUGAGACACAUCGUGCUGGGCACGCUUGGCUUGGAGCACAAGGUGUUUGCCGGGCCGUUCGCCCAGAGGUUUUCUGAGGCGCGGGUCUGGUACACCCCCGGCCAAUACAGCUUCCCGAUCGGCUUACCCCUCUCUUGGUUGGGGUUCGGAGGCCGGCCGACGAAAGAGAUCCCCGCAUCGUCGGAGGAUGCCCCUUGGGGGGCCGACCUAGACCACCACGUGCUUGGCCCCUUCUUUUCCAAGGACGGGUCAGGGGGGUACGGAGAGACAGCCUUCUUUCACAAGGAUACCAAGACUCUCCUCGUGACGGAUAUGGUGGUCAAGGUAGAGGACCAAGUGCCGGAAAUCGUGUGCGAGGACCCACGUCCCCUCCUGUUCCACGCUAGAGAUAACGCCUUAGAGAGGGUCGAGGACACCCCGGAAGUCCGCCUCAAGGGCUGGCGGAGGAUAGUGCAGUUCGCCUUGACGUUUCAGCCAAGCAGCCUGGAGGUGGUGGAACUGAAGAAGGCGUUGUUUGACGACGCGCCGCAAUCCAAGAUGAAAGAGCUUGGGUGGGGAGGCCUUUUCCCAUUCGAGUGGAGUAGCUCCAGCGAUGACUUGAAGUCAUUCUCUGCCAUGAAGGGCGGCCUUCUGGUGGCGCCUAUCUUGCAAGUGCUCCUGCUGAACCGGGAUCCGGGGCCUGUCCUUGACUGGGCCGACAGAGUAGCCAAAUGGCCUUUCCAAAGGGUCAUCCCUUGUCAUCUGGCCAAUGACGUCUCGACAACCCCGAAGGAGUUCCGCAAGGCGUUCCGGUUUUUGGAGAAGGGGGGGAGCGGGGGCGGCGGCGGGUCGGCGGGGCUCCUGUCGCUGUUCGGCGGGGGCGCAGGCGGCGGGGGGAGCGGGGGGGCCCAGCCGUUGCCCGAAGACUUGCAGUUUUUGAGGGAUGCUGAGAAGACGCUGGUAAAGCUGGGCACUCUGUUUCCGGCGGAAGAGCCGAUCGACCGGUCCCGUCGAUGAUAUCGGUUACCAUCAUUAUCAUUCGUUGUUGAUGAUGGCAUCUCUCCGUUGUAUAACGAUGAUAUCGAUUGCCAUCAUUCUCUGUUGAUGAUGGCAGUCGGUUCUUCUGUUUGAUUCCGGCCUGCUUCUCAGCUGCCUCUCGACUACCUAGUUAGGCUGAUUGGUUGGUUGGGGAGGUUUUUUUUAUGUGGCUUGUUCCCGCUGUUGCAGCAUGGUUGCCACAUGUCUCAGUCCACUGCUCGUGCUGAUUGUCGGUCGAUCUUCCGUGUGUGUUGUGUGUGUGUGUGUCAUCACGCUUUUUAUGUUGGUUUACCCGUCUCGUUGACGCUGCUGGCGCGAUGUAUAGUAUUGUUGAAAGCAAGCCGACGAAUAUCGUCGGCGUUGCUAGUCCCAAGCUUUAUAUUUUUAUUUUAGUCGCGUGUUGCGCGUGUGCUGACACCACGAACGGGAAGGACCUUAAUUAGCCGACACAC